AUGGACGGCGAUGAUGUGGGGGCUCCCCCGGCUUUGAGUCUCAUGAUGCGCCGGCUGUUCCUCCGACGCCGGCCUUCAGAAACAACAGUGGUUCUGCCGACAACGGCUCCAGUACUUCAGAAGUGGGAUCCGGUCACCAGUCUGGUGACAGACGAACACAGACAGACGACUCCACUCGGCGUGAGUGGGAUGACUCCCAUCGGAGUCACAGGGGCGGCCGCAGCGGUCCCCACUGGGGGAACAGUGGUGACCAGCACGACGGCCAAAGAGAAGCUACGGAAGCACAGGGCGAUCGCGAUCGCCGGCAGAGCUGGGGGGCAUCGAGCACAGCUACCCCGGCGUCCAACCGCGACCGCCGGCGAAGUGACCACGGUGGAGAUCCAUGGGACGACGGGCAAGACCCAUGGAGCGGAGGUUGGCACGGCAGUGGAGAUGUCCAUUGGGGGCGUCAUGGGCACGGCUGGCAACAGCGUUACGACCGCGAAGACCGUGACGGCCGACGUGACCGAGAACUUCGAGGGCACCGCCACGGAGCUCCCGAGGCAGAUGGUCGAGACCAAUGGGCACGACGUGACGAUUAUGCGGAAGAUCGAGAUGACCGCUGGGCGGAUGGUCGAGACGACCCUCCCCGAUGGAACGAUUCGGAACGCCUACUUCCUAAGUUCAGUGGCGAUGAUGGAAAGUGGGAUCCCAAAGACAACCAAGGCUGGGAUGCAGGACGUGAUGCGGGCAACCACACCGGUUGGCGCGGAUGGGAUUCCAGCUUCGUCUCCGGUGAUCGAAAAGGACAUAAUCAAGGACCUCCAGGAGCCAGGACCUCCGAAAAGCUGCAAGUUCCGAGCUUUAGUGGAUGCAUGGAAGCGCAUGACCAUGCUACAUCCUUCGAAGCAAGGCCUGGUGCUGUACCAGAAUCUCUCAGGAAAAGCCUGGAUCGCAGCUGAGGAACUUAGCCUCAGCAAGCUUGGUGCAGACAACGGCGUGCACUACCUGGAGUCCACGGCCCGCUUCCUUGAUUUAGAGAUCACCAGGAUUGGGCGGGCGCUUAGCGAUUUCUUUAGACGACUUCGGAGACGGCAAGGGCAAACUGUGCGUGAAUACAAUACAGAAUAUGACCGGCUCUAUGGGUGUCUUCGAGAAGUAGGAUGUUGUCUACCUGAAGAAUGUGCUGCUUGGGUAUAUCUCGACCGCCUACAACUAGAAGAGCCUCAAGAACUUAAUCUGCUUGCCAGCGUCGGGAACAAGUAUGAUUUACUGAGGCUCCAGCAGGCGGCAGUGCUCCACGACCGGGGGCACAGGAAGCCUUGGGAGUCCAAUGCUGCCAAGGGUCGUCGCACGAACUAUGCCAACAUGACCGAUGAGGUUGACCACGACGGCCCCGACGACGAGACCGGCAACCUCACUGAUGGAGAUGAAGGGAUUCCCGAAGAAGUUGCCCAGGCGUGGAUGACAUUUCGCAGCGUGAAGGACAAGUACAAGGCUCAGCAGCGCAACCGAGGCUACCAAGGCGAUGGAGAGCGGUCACGAGAUCAUGGAGGCGAGCCUACGUUGAAGCAGAUGAAGUUGAAGUCGUUCUGCAGCGGAUGUGGACGAAGAGGUCACUGGCACAAGGACCCGGAGUGCCCCAACAAUCAGGGCACUACCGCGGGCACCAAGGCCGGCGGUGGCAACGAUGGUGGAGGGCAAGGCCGUGGAGGAAAGGACCCCGCCAGGGAGGUCGCCAUGACUACGGUCUUGCCUGCCAGUAUCUGCGCUCUGAAGCAUGAGGGCCACUCGCUCAUGGCCGUGACGGACACGGCCUGUGCCCGAACAGUGGCUGGGACGCAAUGGCUGCAAUCCUACACAGAUCUUCUUGCCGACCAAGGAGAACGACCAGCGCUUCACAAGGAGAAUGAGGCGUACCGCUUCGGCACCGGCAAAGUGCAUGUGUCCUCCUUCUACAUCGUGGUGUGCUUUGAGCUUGGGAACAAGAUCGCGAAGGUUCGCACGAGUAUAAUCACAGGUGAUGUUCCCCUCUGGCUUUCCAAAACAGUGCUCGUGAAGCUCGGGAUGGUUUUCGAUGUUGAGAAAGGCAAAGCCGAUUUCAACAAAGUCGGACUUACUGACUACAUGUUGCUCACGACGCCAAGCGGUCACCCGGCGAUUCCCAUUGUGCCCGCAAAGGCUGGCGCUGGAGGGACUUGCACCCUCCAGAUCGAUGACCUCCGACUCGAGACGGUGUCUUUGAGCAACCAGCACAUCCGCAACUUUGGGCUGGAAGAACUGUCUUUUAUAAGAAGGCCCGAGAACCUGUUCCUGAUCCUGCCCUUGCGAGCGAUGAGCUCCGAGCCAUGCCAGGGACCACCGCCGCCGAUCAGCAAGAUGACGAAGACCCAACUCCUGGCCGAGAGCUCAAGGUUGGGGCUGGUGGUGCACACGAGCUGGACGGUGGAAGAGCUUCGUGCGAUCAUUCGCGAGCACCGGGAGUCCAAAACGAUGCAGGACGACAAAGUUGCGAUGCGAGGACUCUCUUCCCUGACGAUGCCGGAGUUGAAGGCGAAGGCCACCGAGCUCAAGGUGGAGUUCCCCAGCAACAUCACGAAGGGAAACCUCUUGAGGCUCAUUCGGGACUCGGUGAAUACGCCGGGGAACGAGCUCAUCACCUUCGGGAAGCACCGCGGCAAGGAGUAUCAGGAAGUACCGGACGCCUACGGACGCUGGGCGGUGCACGAGGUGAACGGGAACAGCAAUUCGAGCGACGACUUGGUCAGGUUCGCGAAGUGGUGGCACAAGAACAGGGCCCUCGAGCAGAUGCAGAACUACGCGCGCGAGGCCAUGGAAGUCCCGCUACCACAAUCCCCGAGAGAGAGCGAGGACCUACACCGUUGGCGAGGCUAUCCGGAGAGCUCGACUACAUCCCGUACCCAAGACCAAAGGCCUCGUAUCCCUCCGUUCGCAUUGGAGAUGGACCCGAGCACGCCACCCAAGAGGACCGGCGCGCACACUUCGGGGAGCUCGGCGGCAGGAUCGUGGGAAGCGGUGUCGGUUCCCUCCACAAAGAUCGGGCGCGGGAAGGGCAACGCCAAGACGACCAAGCGCCCCCAGGAGACCGAGGACAAGCCCAUGGAGAGCGAGAUCGACCCGGCGGUGCUCGAGGAGAUCCAGGUGCUCCAGACGAGGUUGGCCCUGUUGAAGGACAAGGAGAUCAUCACCGACGAGGCUUCCUCCCGAGCCUACUCACAGGUUGAGGACGUCUACGCCAACACGCACCACGAACCCCAGACCGACCUGUGUGGAGGAGAAGGUGAAAGUGCUGCACGCAUCGCUUAUAAAGAGGGCGACUUCACCUAUGCUCGCUGUCAACAAGUGCUGGAUGCGGCGAGGCUUCCCCGACGAGCUCUACGAGCCAUGAACGACCCGGCCGAGAACGACCAGGACACCGCCUACGUGACGUUGGGUGUCUUUGUGCACGGUGGGGUUCGAGGGAUCACAACUGCGACCAAGGAGUACGGGAGCCUGGCCCGCUACCUCAACGGCUUCGCUCGCCAUCACCUUCAGAGAGGCUGCAAGUGGAGCUCCAUCUCCGUCACCAAGAACAUAGCCUCCACGGUCCACCGGGACUCCCACAACAUGCGUGGAAGCAACAACCACUGCAUCACCCUUGGACAAGAUGGCGGUGGAGAGUUGUGGAUUGAAAGCCCUGGACUCACCGAGAACGAAGCGAAGCUGAAUGAGAUCGAGUGGAAGCUCGAUAAGUCAGGCGCUUGGACUCCUGGACAAUGCUUCGAUACCCGCGAGAACUUCGUUACCUUCGACCCCUUCCUGAGGCACGCGUCCAAGCCCUGGGAAGGCGACCGAUGGGGUCUCGUGUACCAUACAGUGCGAGGAGCGGACGAGAUCUCCGAGGUGAUGGACAAGUUCAUCCGGAACAGCGGCUUCCCCAGCACCCACAGAAAGAAGCACACCGCUAGCAGCGAGCGAAGCAAGUUCCCGAAGAAGAGUGUCCGGAGCUCAAUCACCAAUGCUGCUGGGAAGAUUGGCGUCUUGAUGACCACCCUCAUUGUCGCGGCGAACUCCUACAUGACUGAGAUCUGUGGACCCCCACCGGCUCCGAAUCCAAUCGUUAUGAUGGAGAUCGGCGGCUACGAAGGGACGGUUGAGGCGACUGAGCUCGACAAGGCCGUGCUGGAGCCAAUGAGCUGGGACGACCUCAAGGAUUCCGACCUGCAGGAGACCGCGCACCACUUUGUCAUCGGAGCUUCCCCAAAGGAGCUUCGAAUUCACCUCCGUGACAUGCCCGCCAGCUGUUUCUCUUUCACAAAAGAACUGAUACGUACCCAACUUGACGAAGGCGGGGAAGUGGUGCUACGAGGCGAGGUACCCGGCAACCUCACCGACGACUUCAAGGAGGAUGUGAGCUUCUUUACGAGUGGAGACGAAGACCACAUGGACUACGACCUCACGAAGUACACGCGGUUCAUGCCGAAGAUCGACCAAAGGCCCACGACUCUACCCCGGCUGCUCGAUUUCAACACUUGCGUUGGCGUUGACCUCUUCUACGUACACGACAUCAACGACAAGUGCCACACCUUUCUAUCCAUGGUGGACUGGGCGACCACCUACCAUGUCGUUUGCCGAGUGGAGAGCGAGUCGGCCGAGGAUGUGGAAAAGGCUUUCAACAAGAUGUGGUUGGGACCAUUCGGGCCCCCUACAAUGGUGUCGCUCGACCUGGACCCUAAAAAACAGAGCGGCAUGAGCAGAUUGUGCGAUUGGCACACCAUUCGUGUCAAAGAUGUGGCUGCUCAGGCCCAUUGGCAAGCCGGAGUGACCGAGAGACAAGGUGGGUGGUUCAAGGGCAUUUGGGAUCGAGUCGUACAAGAGCUCAGCGUGGCCGAGGAUGAGGUGGAGCUGGCCGGUGCUUUGGUGUGUGCGGCCAAGAAUGAUCUUCGCAGACUGUGUGGACACUCACCAUCGCAAUGGGUGUUCGGGAAAUCACCCCGACUACCGCCCGAGCUCAAUGACCUGGACUCCGGGGAGGCCGUCAGCUGGGACCUCACGAGAGACUCGCAGUUCCAGCGAGCGACGAUCGACUCCGGAGAGCCCUCCUUCAACGAAGAAGAGCUCGAUGGCUCGGUCCUGGAGUUGUGGUCGGAAAACAAGUUCCUCACCAUGAAGGGGGUCAAGCGGGAGGUUGAAAAGCUACUCGCGGAGGACAUAGACGACCCCGACGUGUUCAGCAACGACGAGCCCGAGGAGGACGUUACGAAGAAGGCCGCGCCCGACAACGAGGACUACAGCGACCACCUUUCCGACUAUGAGCCGUCCGACUACGACAACGGGAUCACCCUGGAAGGUGUACUACCUGAUGACGGACAACAAUCGGACACGCCAAUGCCCGACCUCGUCACGCCAAGCGCCAAGAGAAGGAAGUAUUGUGGCGAGAAAUUCCAGAAGAAGCCCGACCUCUUCAAAGAAGCCGAGCGGAAACAAUGGCUGGAGCACGUCGACUAUGACGCGCUGGAGGCCAUGUCGGUCGAAGAAAGCGACCGAGUGCGAGCGACGGUUCCCCCAUCGCGUAUCCUCAGGUCGCGGUGGGCCUACAAGGACAAAAACUGGGCCGCUCGCCAAGCCGGCAACGACCCAGAGUGGCGAUGCAAAAGCCGCCUCAUCAUAGGCGGACACCUAGACCCAGAUCUCGUGGAGAAGGACUUGACGACGGACGCCCCGACCUUGUCCAGACCCGGGUUCAUGUGUCUUAUGCAACUUCUUGCGAAUGGGCAACACGCACAAGAUGUUUGGGAAGUUGCUGCUGGAGAUAUCCAAUGUGCUUUCCUCACCGGAGGGUACCUCAACAGAGACGAACCCCUCUACCUCCACCAACCGACCACUGGUUUCCCUGGACUUCUACCACAACAACUCGUGAAGAUCAAGAAGAACAUCUUCGGGCUAGCCACUUCCCCUCACGAAUGGUGGGAGGACCUCCAGAAGGGAAUCAAGCGGACCCCGAUCACCUACAAUGGAAGGACCUACGGGUGGGACCAAUGUCCUUUGGAUCCGUGCAUCUUCAUGCUCCGGGAAUACGACAAUGGCAAGUUUCACGGGAAGCCCAUCGGCUACCUGGGCACACACGUCGACGACAUCCUGGUCGUCGUCGCCAAGUCUGUCAGCGACCUGAUCAAGGACGCGCUGUCCAGAACGUUUCCCAUUGACAAAUGGGAAGUGAACAGACUGGACUAUAUCGGGUCCGAGAUCGUGGUAGAGAAUGGAGAGGUGAAGGUCAGCCAGACCAAGUCCAAGUACGUGGAGACGAGGCUGUUCACCAUCGACAUCCCCCGUGGAGUUUGCGAAGAAGACUUGGCCGACCCAGAGACGGCCGCGGAUAACAAGAGCCUCAUCGGAGCGCUGUCCUGGCUCUCAGCUCAAACACGACCCGACCUCACCUGUAGUGUUAGCAUUUCGCAACAACUACAGAAGUCACCUACCUACGGAGACGUGAAGUUCAGCAACGUGGUGGCCAGCCGGGCGAUGUCCUACAAGCACCACGGCCUCGUCUUCCGAGGCAUCGACCCCAGCAAGGCCGUGUUCAUGGUGUACCACGACGCCGCGUGGGCCAACGUGUUGGAGGAGAACGAGCCGGGCUUCGAGUUGACCGAGGAGGACUACCGAGCAGGCCUCCAACUUGAAGGUCCGUACAGCAAGAAAGAGCGCAAGGCCAAGCGCAUCAACUCCAAGGUCGCCUCCCAGAUCGGCGCCCUCGUCCUCAUCGCCGACAUCGAGUCCGUUCGAGGCGGCAGAGGGAACAUGUCGGUGAGCGAUUGGAAGUCCCGUGCAGGACAAAGGGUGUGUCGAAGCACAUUUGGAGCGGAGACACAAGCCAGCGUGGAAGGGUUGGAAGCCGCCCAGUACAUGAGAUCUUUCUUUGAAACCGUGAUCAAGGGCGAGUUAGUGAAGGUCGAGUGCGCUACGACACCUUUGCUAUGCCUGAGCGAUUGUCGCUCACUCUAUGAUCACAUUCACAAAGAAGGACUACCUCGCGUGGCAAGCGACAGAAGACUAGCCAUCGACCUGGCCGCUCUCCGUCAAGGUCUCCGGUGGGAACGCUGGUACCCCAAGCUCCCGAUGGCAUGGGUCCCGAGCGCACUCCAGCUAGCCGACGUUCUCACUAAGCCAAAAGACCCCCACGAUUGGUGGGACAUGAUGUGCUCCAGACUCACUGUGGCCAUAGAGGUCGGUGAGCAGUCUCGAGCCAACGUUUUGAAAGAAGGAGAAGAGGUAACCAGUGUGGAGCACAAAGUGAGUAGUGGCAUUGAGCGCACUGUGCAUUUCCUUUCUGAUUAUGUUUGCGACGAGUUGCACUAA